UGAGAAGUUCAUGGUGAGACUGAACAAGAACGGAGGUCCAAAGAAUCCAGAGAAGGUGGACCGGCUGUGUGCCCUCUUCACGGAUCUGAGUAACAAAGACAUGAAGAGAGAUCUCUAUAUUGUCUCACAAGUUAUCAGGACAGGUCGAAUGCUGCUGAAUGACAGUAAGAAGGGUCCUCCGCACGUCCAGUACCGUCGACCGUAUGGCUGUGCGGUCCUGGCCAUGAGCGACGUGCUGCAGACCAUCUCAGAGCUCAAAGAGGAGAAAGAUUUUGUCCUUAAAGUGUACACGUGUAACAAUGAGAAUGAAUGGUACCAGAUCCAUGAGAACAUCAUCCGCAAGUCCAGCACCAAAUACACGGCACCCAGCACCAACUACGGGCUGAUCAUCUCCCUGCAGCUGCUGAGGGGCGACAUGGAGCAGGUCCGCAGAGAAAACCCGCUCAUUUUCAGCAGGGGGGUGGCCAUCACACGCAAACUGGGAUUCCCAGAUGUCAUCAUGCCCGGUGACAUCCGUAACGACCUGUACCUGACACUGGAGCGAGGAGAUUUUGAGAGGGGAGGGAAAAGCGUUCAGAAGAACAUCGAGGUGACCAUAUAUGUGCUUUACGCCGACGGAGAAAUCCUCAAGGACUGCAUCAGUCUGGGUUCAGGUGAGCCCAACGUGCCAGAGCACCGCUCCUUUGUGCUCUACCAUAACAACAGCCCGCGAUGGAGCGAGGUGAUCAAACUGCCGAUUCCCAUCGACCGUUUCAGAGGGUCCCACCUGCGCUUCGAGUUCAGACACUGCUCCACAAAGGACAAAGGGGAGAAAAAGCUGUUUGGUUUUGCCUUCACACCUCUAAUGAGAGAGGAUGGAACUACUCUCUCUGAUGAGAGCCACGAGCUGUAUGUCUACAAGUGUGAUGAAAACACGACCUUCAGUAACCACGCCCUCUACCUGGGGCUGCCCUGCUGUAAGGAGGACUUCAACAGCUGUCCCAACAUCCCCUCCAGCCUCAUUUUCCAGCGCAGCAUGAAAGAGACCUUCUGGAUUUCCACACAGCUCUCCUCCACCAAGCUCACCCAGAACGUGGACCUCUUGGCCCUGCUGAAGUGGAAGGCCCAUCCCGACCGGGUCAUGGACAUCCUUGGACGGCUUCGGCAUGUCAGCGGAGAAGAGAUCGUCAAGUUUCUUCAGGACAUUCUGGACACCUUGUUCUCCAUCUUGGAUGACAACACAGACAAAUAUGGGCCGCUGGUUUUUCAGUCAUUGGUGUUCAUUAUAAACCUGCUCAGGGACAGUAAAUACUACCACUUCAGGCCGGUGAUGGACACUUACAUCCAGAAGCACUUUGCUGGAGCGUUAGCUUACAAGGAGCUGAUCCGCUGUCUGAAGUGGUACAUGGAUCGCUCUGCUGAGGUGGUGAGGCAGGACCACAUACAGGAAGCCAUGAGG